CGCACGCACGCACACCUGUUUCCUCAGGUUGUUCAUGACUCCCAUGAUGCUGGACAGCUGUCUGUACUCCUCUUUAGUGGCACACUUCCUCUCGCUCUUCUUCUUGGAGCUUGACGCCUUCUCUGGAGAGGCCACCCCGGUCAUGUCAGCCCGAUUAAUGUAAUCUGUUCCGUUAAAUUAAAUCACAACACCUGCAGCUCCGCCAGUGUACAGCAGUGUGCAGCCGCAGUCUCUUUGUUGUCGCUCAGCAACUGACAGUUGGCUUGCUAGUAGCAGCGGCAGCCGGCAGCUUGUUGUGGCUUUAUGAAAUAAAAACUAGCCAGUUUGACGGUAGCUUCUCUUUGAAAACUCUCACAGAGAAACUCAUAAAAAUUAGCUUACUGUCAGGCGUUAAAAUGGUAAUAAAACAAGUUAGGGUAGUGUGUUUUGAAACCCUGAAGUCUUUAGCUGAGAGGGUUGUGGUUUCCCUCUUCUUCUACGGCUCCUCCUCUGGUUGGACACACUCGCGUUCACCCUCUGCCGGCCGGCAAACUUGACACAUUACACAUAAACCUCCAGUGCAUAACACCUUUAUUAACCUAUGCCAUUUAGACCGAUUUUAGAGAACACGUUUUGGUAUUCGGACCAAAACACUUUAGUAAUUUGUAUCACUUUAUAGAGCAGAUUUCAGAUUUUAUUAUAUCAAGGAAUUUCUCCAAUCAAAACAGCAGCGUUUUGUUUAUCUACCUGUGGCUCACCUGUAGGUGCACCUGUCCGUCUGUCACGCUCAUAUCUCUUUGCAGUAAUCCCUAAAGCAAUAAACCAGGAAGACAGGUUUUUCAGCAGUCGCAUGACGUUGACGUAAUGUGGAAUGCGGACUACAUGCAUUGUCAAAAAUAACUGACCUGAAAAAAACCGAGAGGCACCGGAGCUGCAGAAAAUGCUACGUUUUCUUUGCUGUUGCUGCUUCUCCGGUGAAAACUCCGGCAACGAGAGGCAGCCUCUCCUGCACCCUGGACCAUUUGACUUGAAUAGUGCUGGAUCAGCCAGGCAGAACCGGCCAGCGCACAGUAAUGUACAUACUGUGAAGCGGAAAGGCAGGCUAGUGAUGAGACGAGUGUGUGUGCCAGAGUUGGACCAGAGGUUUUCUGACAUGGCAGAGGCCUUCAACGAACAGCAAGAGCGCUACGAGGCCAUGGUCCGACACAUCCGCAACCUGCGACAGACAUACGGCUGUAACCACGAUGAUUCCCUGGCUUUAGCCGAAUGUUUGGGGACGAUCAGAGAUGAGCAUGAGGCCCAGUACCGGGUCUCCCUUAAAAUAAAGGGUUAUGACUUCUCCCUCAAUGUGGUUCCUGUGGGGUCACAGGGGGAAAGUGAGGAGGAACCACUGCCUCCACAUCUGCAGUUAGCUCAGGAUGAAGUGAAGGGCACUUCUGAGAGUGCCAAGGCCACCAUCUCAAAGGGUACCACGCUACAAGAGCUGAUUGGCUGGCUGCUCCGUAGCAAGGGUCAAAUGGCUGAGCAAGUGAAGGAGGUUGCAGCAACUUACCAGGAGCAAGGAAGACUGACUCAGAACCUGGAGGAGAACAUUAAGGAAGUGAAGAGGGCGAAGGAUCUGUCGAUGAGAUACAGACAUCAGGCAGGGGAAGUCCUCACUGAGGUUGCACAGAUAGCAGGCGCUUUACUCUAGUUUAUGCACAUUUUAGGAAAUGAAUAGCCUACCUAAUUUUUGUCAAUGUUGUAGGCCUAAAGCCAUCCUAAAAUUAUUCAACUGUAAAAACAUUUAGCCUAUACAUUGAAUAAAAACCUUUUAACAGUUUGUCAACUAAACAUGAGUUAAACUGAACCAAGGCAACACUACACUUUUAUUUUUAUUUUUUUCCCCCUCGGCUUUAUUGCUGAAACACAAAUUAGCUGUGACAGAAAUACAGUCAUUGGAAAAGGAAGACAACAUUUUUAGAUCAAAAGCAGCAGAUCUCGAUCCACCAGCCAGAUUAACCCGACAAGACACCACAACGGGUGGGGAGGGGAGAAAAGAGAGCCAGGAUAGGAGCCAUGCUGGCCCAGCUUGAACUUAAGGCUGCUACUUAAGGUUCGGUCUGGACAAAAUGGGACUCACGUUUUCCAAACAACUGAAAUCAAAGACGGCUGUGCCCACAUCUUAACAGACACCUGCUUAUCAACAUUCAUUCUGGAUCAAGCACUUGGAGGAUUGAACCGUGUCCGAGCUGUCAAGGACAGUGUUUCCCAAAUAUCAGACUUUUUUAUUUAAUAAAAUAAUUUUAUAUUAAAACCAUAUUAUCAUCUUAUUGCUCCUGUUUAUAUUCUCCCCCGAAAAAAUGUACU